AUGUCAAACACCACCACAGGAGAGCUUUUCUGCCCCCUGCUACAGUUGAUGCGGGAGCACCACCUAAACAACAAUACUAAGGCCAAUUUGGUGGUGGUUUGCAUCCAUGGCCUGGUGUCCUGCCUGGGGAUUUUAGAGAAUGCUCUGAUUCUCUGGGUGGUUGGCUUCCGCCUGAAGCGCCGCACUGUGGCCUCUGUCUGGGUGCUCAACCUGGCCAUGUCUGACUUCCUGGCCACCCUGAUGCUCCCUUUCUUCACCUUUUACCUUUACUGCUCCCAUAGCUGGGAGCUUGGCAACCCACUCUGCAAAACACAGGCUUCUAUUUUCUUCUUGAACAUGUUUGUGUCAGCCUUCCUGCUGGCAGCCAUUUCUCUGGACCGCUUACUCCUGGUGGUCAAGCCAGUGUGGAGCCAGAAUCAUCGGUCAGUGGCCGGAGCAUGGAAAGUGUGUGCAUUAGGGUGGCUAUGGGCAGCAAUAAAUAUGCUACCUUACUCUGUGUUCCGCUCAGUUACUGAGAAGUUAGAUGGGAGGUAUUUGUGCUAUCAUAAUUUUGCUUUGAUUUUAACCUCUCAAGCCACUCUGGAGAGAGACUGCAAAGUAAGACAGACAGCAACAGCCAUCUCUAAGUUCCUGCUAGCAUUUCUCUUUCCCCUGGUGGUGAUUUCAGGGAGCUACAUCCAAAUAAGUCUCAACCUGAGGCACAGGAGCAAGAGGAGGAAGCAGAGUGCCAGCUGGCAAACUGAUGAACUGAUUAUGUCAAACAAAGAUGAAGCAUCAGGAGCUACAAAUACCCCUACAACCAGAAAAACCACUAAUAUCUUUCUCAAGCGGGUGCCCUCUGGUCCUUCUUUAACCUUGUCACCUACUGCCUCGUCCCCCACCAGCCCUAGUCAGACCUGUCAGGGCCAGCUGUCCCAGAGCUUCAGCAAAAUGGUGACUUUUGUGAUUGCAGCAUUUGCGCUGUGUUGGGCUCCCUAUCAUGUCUUCUGCAUAAUUGAAGUGACAGCUCAGUACUGGAAUAAUCUCUAUUUAGUAGAGGUAGGGCUGCCCCUAGCUACAACAUUUGCAUUCAUAAAUCCAGUGCUGAAUCCAAUUCUGUACGUCUUCAGCUGCCCAAACUUCUGUGUUAGAAUACGACAGAGUCUAGGAGCAGUGUUUGACGGGCUGGUAGAGGAAGGAGGGGGAUUACUUAUGGUCUCAGGGAAAAGUAUAAGAGCUCAUAUUAGGCGGAAGAGCAGUAAAGAUGCUAGCUUUACAAUGCCAGGGUCACCAAAAGGUUCAUCUUCAACUCAUUAA